AUGGCCCUUGAAACACCUGCCAAAACCGAGUUGGUGCGCGACCUUUUAGGCCGCCCGUUGGCCUCUUUGCGCGUGUCGGUAAUCGACCGCUGCGACCUGCGCUGCCAGUACUGCAUGCCCGAAGAGCACUACACCUGGCUGCCCAGUAAAGACAUCCUCAACGCCUCCGAGAUCGAGCGCGUGGUCGAUGCCUUUUGCCAAGUUGGCGUCCGCAGCGUCCGCUUGACCGGCGGCGAACCGCUGUUGCGCGCCACUCUGCCCGCGCUCGUCGCCCGCCUCGCCGCGCUGCCCCUCGUCGAAGACUUGGCGAUGACUACCAACGCCACGCGAUUGGCGCGGUGGGCCGAGCCGUUGCGGGUCGCUGGUUUGCAGCGGAUCACCGUCAGCUUGGACUCGUUAGAUCCAACGCGCUUCGCGGCCUUGACGCGCCGCAGCACUCACGCCAAGGCGCUGGAGGGGAUCCGGGCGGCCGCGGCCACUGGCUUUGACGCGCUCAAGCUCAACGUGGUCGUCAUGCGCGAUUUCAACGACGACGAACUCGUGGAUCUCCUCGAAUUCGGGCGCGAGGUAGGGGCCGAGGUCCGCUUCAUCGAAUACAUGGACGUAGGCGGCGCGACCCAAUGGUCUAUGCAGAAGGUCGUGUCGCAGGCGGAAAUACUGGCGCGGCUGACGGCCCACUACGGGCCGAUCGAGACCGAGGCCGGGCGUGGUUCCGCGCCCGCAGCGCGCUUCCGCUUGAGCGACGGGACGCGCUUUGGCAUCGUCGCGUCGGUCUCCGAGCCGUUUUGCGGGGACCUGUGA